ACCGUCAAAAAUGACGCUCCCUACAGGAAAAUACCUCAUCCGCAAUAAAGGCUUCGAUUCUUUCGUCCAGCGGGCAGCCCACGAAGAUCAUAGUCUCCUUCCCAAGCCGAUUGUUUCUAUCGCUUCAAGCUGGACAGAGGGCGUAUCCCUGGGUAAUUGAAGAGCAAUCUGGGCUUUACACCAUCAAAGCUGGCGGUGCUCCUGCGUUCUCGAAAAAUCGCCAGGUGUUUGCGUCGUUGUUUGAGGAGGUAGAUGAGGGCGUUAGAUGGUGUCUUACGAAUGCUCCGGAUGUCAGUGGAAAGGAUGUCUACAUCAUUGACAACCCGGUGACGAAGGAAGGUUGGGUUUUACCUGAGAAUGAAGCAGGAACUCAGGUCGCUUGCGGCUUGCUAAUCGUUGGUCCGAGUGAACCGCCGUUCUUCCCGCCGAAUCAGCUCUGGAUUAUCACUCCUGUAGAUUAAAUAUGCGACAAUUUGAAU